AUGAGUCAGGGAAUUGUUCGGAACUACGAAUAUAUUGGCUCACAUAUCAAAGAUUAUAUCGAAGAGAAUAAUCUAUUUAGCACAUUUGAAGUAGAAGAUAUCAAAUCAAUCAUGAAAUUCGCGAAUUUAACACCUGAUGACUUCAAUUCUCUUCUUGUGAAAUCUCAUUCUGUAAUUUCAGCACGAAAAUUGUAUAUCUGCACUCGAAAUGCAAAUAUUUCAAUAAACAACCUACAAGAUGCCAUUUCAACACUUAAAUCAGUUCAAAAGUACAUGAAGAUGCGAAUAUUCAAAGGGAUUAUUGGCAUUUUAGAACAAUUACAAAAGGAUCAAUCCAUUACAACAAAUAAAAUCGAAAAACAUCAAGCAGAUUUAAAUCUGAUCCAAAAAGAAAAAGAAAACAACGAGAAAGAAAUACAAACUCUUCACUCUCAACACAAAGAGAAAGAAGGAAACAAUUUACCAAAAGAAUUUCUUUCGGAAAUUUCCAAACUUAAAGAUUCUGAAGAUUUCGAUCAAAUCUACGAAUUCUUUGAAGAAAUUUCAGAAAAAGGAAAUCAAAAAAUGAUGCAAAAAGCAUGUGAAGAAGAACUUUGGAAAAAACAAAAUUCUGACUUUUUUGGUCAAAAUGUACUUCAUUAUGCAUCUUCACAAGGAAAUCUGAGACUUGUUAAAUCUCUCAUUGAAUGUGGCUGUGAUAAAUAA